AUGUCAACUCGUCCUCAGAAACCACAUUACGCUAGCUCUUCGUCCAUAGACUCAGAUAGCAGCUCACCAUCGUCGUCCGACACCGACCUCUCUAUCCGAAUCAGUAUGGACGUCCAACCCGUUGCGUCGGUCGAGGUGAUGCGCUGCCUACGCUGCCAUCGCCAUGUCGAGGCUACAUCGACCGACGACCCUGCAUCGACAGGAAUGAUUCGACCAAUGGGUAUGAUGAGCGUGAGCGUGAGCGUGAGCGAGAAUGAGAGCGAGAGAGGGAGAGAGAGAGAGAGAGGUCGACUAUUUUUCGACGACAGAUUUUCCUACAAGACUACAACAACUCAACGACAUUCUAACCUGAGCCAAACAACAUUCACCAUGGGUUUUCGCCAGAAAGAAUAUGGAUUUUUGAACAAAUCGCAUUUUUCAGACCUCCAUGAGAAGGAAGCCGACAAAUGGCAUCCCGCAACGCUUUGCUACGGUCAUGCGCUCUGCGCAAAAAGGAGAAAUCAGCCAGACACACGCUUACGACGCUCCGCUGCAUCUGCAUGGAUAUAA